UCACAUUACAUAGGAUUCUGCUCCGCUUCUUUGUGCUAUAAAUGCAAAGAGGGAGUAGUUGGAUUUAGAGUGUUCUAGUGAUGGGUUGGGCGAUCGCACUCCAUGGAGGUGCUGGACCUAUCCCAAACAGUCUUCCUAAAGAGCGCAGAGAACCACGAGAAGCAGCACUUCGUCACUGUCUAGCUAUUGGUGUCGAAGCUCUCAAGGCCAAUUUACCAGCCUUGGAUGUUGUUGAACUUGUGGUGCGUGAACUUGAAAACAAUCCCUUUUUCAAUGCGGGUAAAGGAUCGGUUUUGACUGCCAAUGGAACAGUUGAAAUGGAAGCUUCCAUAAUGGAUGGUAGAACAAAAGCCUGUGGAGCUGUUUCUGGCUUGUCCACCGUUGUGAAUGCUGUGUCUCUUGCGAGACUCGUCAUGGAGAAAACUCCUCAUGUUUAUCUUGGAUUUGAUGGCGCAGAGGCUUUUGCAAGAGAACAAGGUGUUGAAACUGUAGAUGCAAGUCAGUUUGUUACUCCAGAGAAUAUUGAAAGGUUAAAGCUAGCAAAAGAAGCUGACAGAGUUCAGGUCGAUUAUACACCAGCAGUUCAGAAAGAAAUUCUAGUAGAAACGCACACAGCUGAUGGAGAUAGUCAAAUUGGGACUGUUGGAUGUGUUGCAGUUGAUAGCAGUGGGAACUUGGCCUCCGCAACUUCAACUGGAGGAUUGGUGAACAAAAUGGUAGGAAGGAUUGGAGACACGCCUGUCAUAGGUGCAGGAACUUAUGCGAAUUCUCUCUGUGCGGUGUCUGCUACGGGAGUAGGUGAAGCCAUUAUCAAAGCUACAGUUGCUCGAGAUGUAGCUGCGCUUAUGGAGUACAAAGGUCUAUCUCUCGAAGAAGCUGCAAAAUAUGUGAUCCAUGAGAGUGUUCCUGAAGGUAAUGCAGGCCUUGUUGCUGUUUCUGCCAAAGGAGAAGUAGCCAUGGAGUUUAACACGUUUGGGAUGUUUAGGGCUUGUGCAACUGAGGAUGGGUAUUCUGAAAUCGCAAUAUGGCCUUCUUCAUCUGUGCAAGAGUGAUGUAUUGUGAUCAAGUGCUUCAUAUGAAUCUUGGCAGAACUGAUUCACUAAUAAUUGAUGUAUGAACGUGCAUUAUAUGAAAAAAUCUUAGGAAAACCAGCAUGCAUCCUGAGAAAUUUACCCUUUUUGUUUCAGCCAUUUUGCUUUUUCGCAAUAUCAGCAAUGCUGAAGUUUUCUGCACUGUAUGCUACUCCAAUUCUUAAGAGAAGCAGCUUUGAUAUGGGGUUAACUAUCCAUAUCAAUUUUUCUAAAGAA